GUUCCACGCCUCCUUCUGAAUCAGCGCCGCCUACGUACAAUGUGACCGGAAGUGCAUGUACAGGCGGCGUGAGGGGUGAUCAAGGUGACAGGAGAUGCUUAUAUUGGUUUCAGGGUUCCGCGCUCUGACAAGUGCAGAGAAAAGAGGGACUUUCCAGUACAAAUGAGGGACUGCUGGUUGAGCUGUCAAAAGAGGGACUGUCCCUCCGAAAAAGGGACAGUUGGGAGGUAUGCAUGUCAUGUUUGUGAAUAAAGUCACCUUUGCAGCAGAUGCGCUGUUUUGUAUCCACGCCUACACUUUGGAACCACGUAUUGAUGGCUUUGGAUGGAAGCAAGGUGUUGGGAUACCAGAAUUAAUACUCAAAGGUAACAUCGGCUUUCUUCAGGAUGUCAUCCGCUGUAAUCCAGAGUUUUGCCUCUACAGCCAUCAGAUCAGGUUUUAUCACAUUCUCCAGGGUUCUUUCCCAGUGGAUGUUCCGAGCCUCCACACCAUGCAACUCGCAUAGCAUGGCCACCCUAAACCAGAUGCAUCGUGCAGGCAAGCCCAAGCCUGAUCCACCAAAAUUGGGUCCCACCUUUGGCUGCCCGCAGCUCAAGGGUGUGGUUUUAAAGACCAUGAUCCGAAAGCCCAAAAAGCCAAACUCUGCCAACCGAAAAUGCGCUCGUGUCCGGCUAAGCAAUGGCAAAGAAGUCAUUUGCUUUAUACCUGGAGAGGGUCACAACCUACAGGAACAUAACAUUGUCUUGGUGGAAGGGGGUCGCACCCAGGACUUGCCAGGGGUGAAGCUGAAGAUUGUCAGGGGCAAAUAUGACUGUGCACAUGUUAAAAAGAAGAAAUAGUGUUUUGUUUAUUUUGCUGGCUACACCGUCCUCAUUUUGCUCCAAAUAAACAUUAUUCCUAUAGUGGUAAACCAAUGCUCUACUUUAAAGGGAUUCCGUCAUGAUUUUUAUGAUGUUUUUUUUAUUUCUAAAUUACACUGUUUACACUGCAAAUAAUUCACUCUACCAUAUAAAAUGUAAUUCCUGAA